GGCCACACCCGGCAGCGGCGGCGGCCAGCUGCCGCGCACACGGCGCAUGGUGAUGCUGUCAGCGGCGGCGCCAGCCGCACCCGAGGCUGCCGUGGAGGAGGAGGACCAGAGUGUGUCUGUGGAGUUUGACAAUGACAGCGACCCACAGUGCACCGUGAUGCAGCUGUUUGGCCGCAACGACACCGAGGUACUGGCGCAGGUGACAAACGUGCUGACGGCGGUGGGGGUGGCAGUUUCCUCAGCCAACAUCAACACGGGGGAGGGCGAGGGCCCCGUGCGGGACAUUUUCCGGGUGACCGACGGCGAGGGCAAGAAGCUGGCGCCCGAGGCGUGGCCCGCACUGAAGCAGCAGCUGCUGGCGGCGCUGGCGGGCAGCAUGCGCAGCAGCAAGCCCAGCAUCUUUGGCAUGGUGGCAGAGGCGGACCAGACUAGCACGCUGGGCGCGCUGACCAACGCUGGCGACCCGGAUGCUCUGGAGCGUGCCGCCGGGGAGAUGACGUCUGCGGCGGCGGCCCUGGUGUCGGUAGAGCGAGCCAUGCUGGCGCUGAUGACUGACGGCAAGGACCCUGCGGCGCUGACGGCCAAGCAGAUGGAGCGCGUGGAGGCGGCGUCGCUGCUGGAGCGGCGCCUGGCGGCCAUGGAGGCGCUGCUGACGGCGCGGCGGCAGAUUGCGGCUGCGACGGUGGAGGUGGUGCAGCCAUCGCUGCCCGACUUCAUGCAGCCGCCGCCCACGGUGCGCACCAGCGGCCCCGCCGCCGGCAACGGCUUUGAGAUCAUCCUGCAGGGCUUCAACUGGGAGUCCAGCAAAGAGGCCUGGUACAAGAAGCUGGCGGCGCAGGCGGCGGACAUUGCUGAGGCGGGCUUCACCGCCGUCUGGUUCCCGCCGCCCAGCGACUCCGUCAGCCCACAGGGCUACCUGCCGCGCGACCUGUACGACCUCAACUCCAAGUUUGGCUCCGAGGCGGAGCUGCGGGACGCCAUCGCCGUGUUUCACGAGCAGGGCAUCAAGGUGAUUGCCGACAUCGUCAUCAACCACCGCUGCGCGCACUACCAGGGCGACGACGGCAAGUGGAACAAGUUUGGCGGGCGGCUGGCCUGGGACAAGUCGGCCAUCUGCGCCAACAACCCCGCCUUUGGCGGCACCGGCGGCUACAAGAACGCAGAGGACUACCCGGCAGCGCCCAACGUGGACCACAGCCAGGAGCGGAUACGCAAGGACAUUGCGGAGUGGAUGCGCUACCUGCGCAACUCCAUCGGCUUUGACGGCUGGCGCUUCGACUACGUCAAGGGCUACGAGGGGCGGUGGAUUGGCGAGUAUGUGAACGCCACGGUGCCAGAGAUGGCGUUUGGAGAGUACUGGGACACAUGCUCAUACACGGACGGCGUGCUGAACUACAACCAAGACUCGCACCGCCAGCGCACCGUGGACUGGUGCGACGCCACGGGCGGCACCUCGGCCGCCUUUGACUUCACCACCAAGGGCAUCCUGCAGGAGGCGGUGGGGCGCAAGGAGUACUGGCGCCUGAUCGACGGCCAGGGCAAGCCGCCGGGGGUGCUGGGCCUGUGGCCCUCCCGCGCCGUCACCUUCCUGGAGAACCACGACACGGGCUCCACGCUCAACCAUUGGCCCUUCCCCUCCCGCCACCUGCCCGAGGCCUACUGCUACCUGCUCACCCACUGCGGCACCCCCUGCGUCUUCUACGACCACUUCUACCAGGAGCCCAAGCUGCGGGAGCACAUCCUGGAGCUGCUGCGCAUACGCAAGAAGCACGGCAUCAACGCCAAGAGCGAGGUGAUGGUGCGCAAGGCGUACAACGAGCUGUAUGCUGCGGUGAUCGACAAGAAGGUGGCCAUGAAGAUGGGGCCGGCAGACUGGAGCCCGACCAAGGACGGCGUGGAUGUGGGGCAGAAGAAGUGGCAGCUGGUGCACAGCGGCUUCCAGUUUGCGGUGUGGGAGGCCGUGUUUGAGUGAUGCCGCACGGCAGCCAGAGGGAGAGAGCAGAGAGCUUUCUGCCGCACUCCCAUUGAGGCGGGCCACCCACAUGCGAUUCAUAGCCGGCGCCGGCCAGCGCCCGCCACCCGCCACCUGCCGCCAUCCGCGCUGAUGCGGAGCAGCUCUGGCAAAGGCAUCCCUGCGAUUUUUUCUUGGCCCCCGCCCUGGGGCCACAUUUUGCUGCUGCGCCUGUGGCACCUGGGUGCCACUGAGUAUUCGCCACCCUGUUUGCCCCACCAGGCCCUGCCAGGGCCAGUCCUUUGCUUGCUGCUUGGCUGCUUGGUGGGUCUCCCGUCAACAGUGCCAUUUUGUUUCCCGCUGCCAUCUCCUUCCCCCUCAGCUCUCUGCCGCUUUCAUCGUCUUGCCCGCCACAGGCACAUCCAGUCUGAAAUGAAUGGACCUCGAAUUGCUGCACACGUACGCUCCCUUGAAAUACACACAUACAC